CACCACAUUCAUCAUCAACAUGCUGACUGUGUCUGUUCUUCUGUGUGCUCUGGUGGCUCUGAGCACAGCUGAUGAUGAAGCCACCAGGAGCCGACCUACUUGUGCAGAAGGUUGGAGUCCCUAUGAGAAGGACUGCUUCCAUUAUUUUGAAGAAAAGAUGUCUUGGGUUGAUGCUGAGAUGAACUGUCAGAAACACAACGGAAACCUGGCUUCAGUCCACAGUCAGGAAGAGCUGGACUUCAUCCAUUCCCUCGUACCUGACAACUCCACAGGAGUAGGCCUGUGGCUGGGAGGCUCCAACUGUCAGCAGGACGACACUUGGCUGUGGAAAGACGGCAGUGCUUUUAAAUUCACCUUCUGGUGUCCAGAAGAACCAAACAACCUGUUUGGGCGCCAGCACUGUCUGCAGGCUGAUCUUGGAGCUUUGAAGUGCUGGAAUGAUUUGCAGUGUGGUGUGACCCUCCCAUCCGUGUGUCGCAGCGACCUUUAAAGGCUGUUGAAUGAAC